UCAUAAAUAAAAUAUAAAAAAGUGUAAAAUAUCAAACAAAAGAUACAAAAGAAUCUAACUGAUAAAAAUUAAAAAAAAGUGUACAAAAUAUUUUAAGUAAAGAACACAUAAAAAAGUGUUUUAUUUGCAGCAAAGGAUACAAAAGUAUCUAUAAGAUAAAAUUAGAAAAAAAGUUAUGUUAUAAAAGUUUAAAAAAAUCAAAAAAUUGCCAAAAAGUGUUAAACCCUAAUUAUUAAACAAAGAUCAAAACAUAUAAAAGUAUCUGAAAGAUAUAAAUUUGAAUAAUCAAAAAUUUACUUAAAAAUAAAUAAAAGUGGUAAAAUCUUUCAAAUUUAAUUCUUAUACUUUGGAUUAUAAAUGAAUAUAUUUUUUCCAAAUCUUCAACAAGUGAUCUAAAUUACUCAAAAGAUACCAAAAUAUCUAAAGGAUAACUUCUAAAUAAAGUAAAGUUGGUCUUAAACAAAAAUCGAUUAAUUCAUAAAGUAGAAAACAAAAACAACAACCUCCUUAUCAUUAACAAUUGUCCAAGGAUUUACUACAAAAGAUUUAUUUGCUACAUAAAGUUUAAGUGGGCGAUGCCAGCAUUAAAAAGGAAUUAAAUUAGCGUUGCUAAAGUUCAAGAGCAAAACAACAAAAAACUUUAACAGCUAAAUAAAUUAUAAAAAAUAAAAAUUAUUCAUACUAAAGAAAACUAAUUACAGUUUAUUAUAAAGUAAUUAAAGUGAAAGAUAUUAAAAUAUAUCUAAGACAGCAGACUAAGUGUGGAAAUAAAAGUCAAGGUAUGCUAUCGUUGUAUAUGUCGUAUAUUAAUAAAUAACUACUGAACUACUAAGCCCAGAAAACAAGGAUUAAAUGAUAAAAACCAAAAAAGAUUUACAACUUAAGACACCGAUAAGCAGCUCAUAAAAACAAAAUUUAUUUAACAAAAGAUCCUCUCCCUCCAAAGUACACACUAACAAAAUGGCCAUGUCUAGAAUAGCAUACGAAGUUUCCAAACUGCAACACAUCUUAAGCGUUAUGCUGGUGUUCAUUAGCAGUUCUCUGAUGACCUCCAAUACCUUCGCUCUAACCUCUUCAAAUACCUGUGGGCCAAAUUUUCCAGCGGCUUGCAAUUGUGGACGUGAAAUGUACGAGGGCUCCUAUCAAUAUGUUGUCAAUUGUACCAAUGCGGGCCUAAAGAAUACCAGUGUUUUGGAAUUUAUGCCACAAGAUGUGGAAAUAUUAAUAUUUACGGGUAAUUUUAUACCCGAAUUACCCUGGAAUGUCUUUGGUUCAAUAAACAACUAUAAGAAUUUGAAAAUCGUAGACAUGAGCAAUAAUCAUAUACGAGAAAUUAGAGGCAAAACAUAUCAUCAUGUACAAAAUGUGGAAAGACUUAUAUUGAAUCAUAACAAUUUAAGUAUAUCCCGAGAUGAUGAUGAGGUUAAUCAUCACCAUCCGAGAGUGUUUUCCAACUUUUUGAAUUUACAGAGUUUACACUUAACAGAUGCCUUCGAUGAUAAUAGUUCACCACAAUUGAGCGAAGAUUUACAUGACAUCUUCAUGAACAGUCAAUUGACGAAAUUGGAAAAAUUGCAUUUGGAACAAAACGAAAUAACACAUUUUAAGGAUCGCAAGGUGUUUUGUGAUUUGCCCAGUUUAAGAGAUCUGCAUUUGGGUGAUAACUAUUUGAAGGAUAUCAAUUUUGAAGUGAAUUGUUUAAAAAAUUUAAGAUUUUUAGAUUUGGAACGCAAUAAGUUUGAAUUUGUUAAAACACAUGAUCUAUUGCUACUGAAUGAACUGGAGGCAAGACCUGAUCGCGAAACCAAUUUAAUAGUGGACUUUAAUUUAAAUCCCUUUACCUGUGACUGUAAAAUAAGUCCCUUCCGCACUUGGAUACACUCAACCAAUGUCACCGUACGCAAUAAGGAAACCUUAAUGUGUUUCCACAACAAAGUAGAUCCUUUGCCUAUUUUGGAGUUGGAUAUGAAUGAAUGUUCGGCUGCUAUAGCAGCCGCUACCAUAAUGUUUACCACUGCUAAUGACAAUCAUUAUGGUGCCAUGCACCAGGACAGUGGUUUGGCUAGACACACUGCCACUCUGAUAUUUUUAUUGAUUGUACUGAGUAUGAUAUUGUUGGGUCUGGUUAUAGCUUUGAUUUAUGUAAGUCGUGAUAAAUUGAAGUUUAUGAUUACACCUGUGUUCGAUAAUGUGGCCAAAAAGGUUCAAUAUACCACCAUUAAAGAUGAAGAUUGUCCAGAGGUUCAUGUCUAAGUAAGAAGAAGAGCAGAAGCAUAAACAUGUAACUUGACUUGUAGAUCCCUCCUAGAAUCCGUUCUACUCCCCCCCAAAAAACCAACUUAACUACUAUAAUAACUAACUAAUCCUGCUGCAGUAAAGAAAAAAAUGUAUAAUAUUUAAAACAGAAAAGUUAAGGAUAUAAAAUAUAUUUAAAAUUAUUUUAUUUUUACUAACUUAAGAUGUCAUUAAACUUUAACUAUAAUUUUUUGUAAUUAUUUAUUAAUUUUUUUAUUAAAUUCUUUAAAAUUGUUAAAAUUGUGCCAUUAACCAUAAAGAAAUAAUCGUAAAAAUAAUUUGUUUUCACCAAACAAGGGCUAUAGAGAAAAAGUAAGCUUUCAAGUUUCUAAAACUUUAGCGAGAUCAGUGAAAAAAGCUGAAGUAAAGACAAAAAUCUUUUAAACAUUUCAAAUAAAUCAUCACUUCUGCCUCAGAAAAACCUUGUUACGAUAAGAAACAAAUUAAAACAAUUAUUUAACUUAAUCAGGUAUUUUGUUGUCCAUUUAAAAUACAAAUUAUACUUAAUAUUUUCUGUCAAUUAUUUUAUUAAAAAAAUAAAAAGUAUAACGACCAUGUUGCAUUUAAAUUUCAAAAAAACAAAUACAUUUUAUUAACUAAAAAUAUAA